CCGCGCGCGCGACAGACGCAAGUUGGGUCGAAAGCUGACGGUAUUCAUUCAGACCUGAUGAUAAACCAAGGCCAAAAGUCACAACCCUCAUCCCGAUGCGACGAAACAAGAACUUCACAGGCCGCACCUCGAUCUUGACACAGCUGUGUGAGACCUGUUUCCCCGGAGGUGCUAGUGGCGAAAACCAGGACACGGUGGCGCUGUUCAGUAUUGGGGGCCUGGGGGGCAUCGGCAAGACGCAGGUUGCGCUCGAGUUCUCGUACUGGGUGCGGGACAACAUGCCUGAGUACUCGAUUUACUGGAUCUCUGCACUCAGCAUGGACACAUUCAACCAGUCGUGCUGGGAAAUCCUCGACCAGCUUGGGAUGAUCUCGGGAGAAGAACGCAAGGACCUCGACGCCAAGAAGCGACUGAAAGACUAUUUGUCGAGAAGCCCUGAAGCUGGCAAGUGGCUGCUCGUGGUGGACAAUGCCGACGACGUGAGUCUCGUAAAGGAGAUGCGGCCUUAUAUACCGCACAGUGAGAGUGGCAUCACACUAGUGACGACGCGCACUGAGGACGUGGCGUGGGAGAUCUCGACGAGCCCAGCCCUUGUCAACCUCGACGUCAUGUCAACCGAUGAAGCUCAGGAGCUCCUGAAGAGGUCACUCCUUGCGGGCCGAGUGCCCAACUACAGCGAGGAGUCGGGCAAGCGACUGGUGGUAGCACUGGACAUGCUGCCGCUGGCGAUCACGCAGGCUGCGGCGUAUCUGAACCGGAACCGACUGUCGAUCCAAGAGUAUCUGAACCUGCUACAAGGCCGAGAAGAGGAAGCGAGACGGCUGCUGAGCUUUGCGGGGAGCUCUGCGGAGCAAUGGCCAGCAGAGAAGCAGCAGCGGCCGCAGUACAAUGCCGUCAUGACGACGUGGCUGGUCUCGCUGGACCAGAUGAAGAUGAGCGAAAGCGGCACAGGCACGACCCGGGGACCCAUGGUGAAGCUGUUGAUGUUUCUGUCGCGAGUUGAGCCCAAGGCGAUCCCCAAGCGGAUGCUGCCUGAAGUUGGGGGCUCUGCCGCGGUGCUGGCCAACACGAUCGGGACACUGCUGGGGUAUGCGAUGCUGACGAAGCGGGAUGGCCAAGUGUACGACAUGCACAGCCUGGUGCAGCUGGCGAUCCGCAGCUGGGUGGCGCGUGAGGGGCUGACGGACGAGGCGAGGACAUGGGCGCUGGAAUGUCUCGAGGACAAGAUGUACCUUGAAGAGUAUUACAGCAAGGCAUCGCGUGUUGUGUGGAGCGAGUGCCUGCCGCAUGCGCUGCGGGUGCUGACAGAGAGCACCCACAAAGCGCAGUCGUACAACCGCGCCUGGCUGGCACACUGGGUUGGAUAUUGCCUGGCCGCCGAUGGGCGAUGGGACGAAGCACUCGAGUGGACAGUGGUCUAUGCCGAGGCCAUUGCUGCCAUCUAUGGCUGCGACAGCGACGAGUAUGUGAAGGCACAGUGCCGCCUGGCAGAUGCCUAUCUCGACGCGGACCGGCCCACGACGGCGCUGUCCCUCCUCGAGUAUUGCAUCGCCAGGUGGCACGAGACGCGCCCCGCUGAUGACAAGUGGCUCGUCCAUGCACAGAUGCUGCAUGGGCGCACACUGCGCAAGCUCGGGCACGCUCGCCAGGCCGUCAAGGUGCUCGAGAAGCUCGUCUCGCCUCUGCCCACGGACCACCCCGAGUGGGGACAUGCUCACAACGACCUCGCAUUGGCUUGUAACCACACCGGACAACACGACAGAGCAGUGCGCAUCUUCGAGCAGGUCCUCGCGGCUACGCAGCACACCCUGCCUGCGGACGAUGCGCUCCGAAUAGACUCAAAGUACGGCCUCGCGCUCGCCUGCCUCAGCACCGGCAAGGCACCUACAGCAGUCAUGUUGCUCAAAAAUGUGCUUGCUGCCGAGGAGGCGCAGUACCCACCUCACCACCAGGCCUUGCUAUUCACACAGCAGGCACUCGCUCAGGCAUAUCUUGGUGUUGGUGAUCCCACACAAGCCCUCGACAUUAUCCACCACGUUGCAGAGAUGAAUACCAAGACGCUACCUCCACAGCAUGCCGAUUCUCUGACAACACAGCACUGGCUCGCCGAGGCCUUGCUGGCCAUGGCAAAGGUCCAUCAGGCUGUCAGCGCCCUCGAAAGAAUUAUCCAGUAUUACCCAAGAACAACACUCUCCGAUCUAGAAGGCAGCUCUUUUGAAAUGCGCCUGUUACGCGAUGUCUACGAAGCACUCGGUGACCUGGACAACGUCGAACGCCUUGGGGAAAUGCUUGCAGAGAUCGAUUCCAUGAUUGAAGAAGCUGAGCGGCCACACGGCGAGCAGUCUGAAGGAGAACCGUCUUCACACGCACUGUUCCGCGGCGACCAGUCUGCUGAUGAACAAUAUAACCAUGAACUGCCACACACGGCACCAUCAGCCGAAACUGACGAUGAAGACCAGUCAGACGGGGGUGUCGAACUAACUAGUGGUGUCUGAGAAUCUCAGACGUGGCACCAAUACGCGCAGCCUUGGUCCAUUUGCUCGACCCUGUUGAUCUCAACUUGGCGGCCAGGGUGCUGUGCUUAUUGUGAGUACUCAUCGACGCUAACCUCCAUCUGGCUGGUUCAUCGGAACUCGUAGGCUCGAUAAGUAUACUCGAGGGAGUAUAGUCCCAUGUAAAUAAAAACUUCCAUGCUUG